AUGGCUCUCACAAGCAUUUGGAAUAAUACUGGGAUUCUUGGCGGGGUGAGCGGGAUUUCACUCCAUCAUUUGUUAUUUCGACAUGGUGAAUGGGAUACAAAGUCUUCGAAUAUUGUACUCAGCUACUUAUGCGCCACGCUCAUCGGAGCGGUGUAUCUACUUCACUCACCGAUUACCCGCAAUGGCUUAGUGCUCAUCUCCGCGUUUGACUUUUUCUUAUUGAUUGGAUACCAUUUCCUGGGCAUCCUUGGAAGUAUCCUUGUUUACAGAGGUCUUUUUCAUCGUCUAUCCAGAUUCCCGGGCCCAUUGGGUGCACGUUUGUCCACAUUGUAUCUUACAAUCCAGACAUGUAAGCGCAUGAAAAUCCACCAGGAUGUCCAUCGACUUCACCAGCAGUAUGGGGACUACGUGAGAGUCGGUCCCAUGGAAGUUUCCAUCAUUGACCUUGCGGCAUUGAACCCUUUGUAUGGUAAUUCUUCAGAAACAGCUAAAGGGCCCUGGUACAUAUUGAUGGAGCCCCUGGAUGGCCUUGUCUUCACUCGGGAUAAGAAAGAACAUGCUCUCCGCCGGAAGAUCGUGGACCAAAGUCUUAGCAGCAAAGCUCUCGUGACAUACGAGCCAGUAAUAGCCAAAUGCACCGAGCAGCUGUUGCAGAUAAUCGAGGACCGAUCGGGAAAUCCAAUUAACAUAACCGAGUGGCUAAAACGGUACAGUUUCGAAAUCAUGGGUCAUCUUAUUUUCGGUAGACCAUUCAAUACAAUUUCCGAGGAAGGGGGAGAUACCUUUCUACUGGAUUCUAUUCAUUCCGAUAUGAAUAUGAUGGGAUAUUUGAGACAUAUGCCUUGGAUACCAGCCCUCUUGAUCAAAACACCCCUUUUUCGAAAAAAGAAUACGCGGUUCUGGACGUGGCUUCAGACUAACUUUAGACAGAGAACAGAGGUAUGCACAUUGCCUGCGGCUAAUUAG